AUGUUUGAUAUAGAAGAGAUCGAUGGUGGUAAAAUUCUAAUGGGUAAUGAUACCUAUUGUGAGAUAACAGCCAUUGGGAAAAUCAAGAUAUUUAACUACAACAUGAGCUCAACUAUGUUAACUAAAGUGAGAUACUCUUCUGAAGUAAGAAGAAAUCUGAUUUCUUUGGGACAACUUGAAACUCACGGCUGUUGGUUUCGGUCAAGAAACUACAGGUUACAAGUCUUUAAAGAAGAUACAGAGGUUCUAGCUGGUGACUACAAAGACACUUUGUAUUUCCUUGAUGGAAAAGCAGAGCUAGAUCAAAUGAAUGCAGCGGUUGAAGCAGUCGACAAAACUACUUUAUGGCAUAGCAGACUUGGCCAUAUAAGUAACAAAGGACUGCAGUUGCUGGUUAAACAAGAGCUGUUAAAGGAGGAUGAGAUUUCAGAGAUGAAGCAGUGUGAGUUCUGCAUACUAGGGAAAGCUCAUAAACAGUCUUUUACAACAGCUAAGCAUACUUCAAAGGAUGUUCUGGAGUAUGUUCACUCUGAUUUGUGGGGUUCUCUACACGUGACACCAAGCUUGUCUAAGUGUCAAUACUACAUUUCGUUUGUGGAUGAUUUCUCUAGAAAGGUAUGGAUCUUUUUUCUCAAAACAAAAGAUGAAGCAUACUCAAAGUUUGUUGAAUGGUUGGCGUUUGUUGAGAAUCAAAGUGGAAAGAAGCUGAAGGCAUUACGGACAAAUAAUGGCUUGGAAUAUUGCAACAAAACCUUUGAUGACUUUUGCAGAGCUAAAGGGAUUAUGAGACAUAAGACAUGUCCUUAUACUCCCCAACAAAAUGGAGUGGCUGAGAGGCUGAAUAGAACCAUUCUAGAGAAGGUGAGGAGUUUGUUAAGUGAAAUGGGACUGAAGGAGUCUUUCUGGGCAGAAGCUUCUUCAACGGUGGUUUACAUGAUCAAUAGAACUCCUUCUACACCACUGAAUUUUCGAAUUCCAGAAGAGAUUUGGUCAGGUAAAAAGCCAGAAUAUUCACAUAUGAGAAGAUUUGGAUGUUUGGUUUAUUACCAUGUUGAUCAAGGGAAGUUAAAGUAUAGAGCAAAGAAGGGAAUUCUCAUGGGGUAUCCACAUGGAGUCAAAGGAUACAGAAUCUGGAGUAUUGAUGAAAGAAAAUGCAUCAUGAGCAGAAAUAAUAUUUUCUGUGAAGGCAUACUAUAUAAGGAUGUAGUAAAGGUGUCACGAGAGGGUAAGGAAAAAGAAAAGAGACAAGUUAAAAAGGUCUCUUUCAUUAUGCCAAAUGAGGAAGGUGAAUCUUCUGAAUCAGAAGCUGAGACAUCAGAUGAAGGUGGAGUUUCUUCAGGAAAUGAUGAAAUUGUCCCAGAUUCAGAAGAAGAAUCAGAUGAAGGAGGACUUAGAGAUUACCAGCUUGCGAGAGAUAGAGAAAGAAGGGUCGGGAUUAAACGUCCGGGUAGGUUUGAUGAUCAGGAUGUAGCUGCUUAUGCUCUAAAUGUGUUUCAACGCAUGAAUGCAGAAGAACCUCAAACUUAUGAAGAAGCCAUAAGGUGCAAAGAUAGACUGAAGUGGAUUGCUGCUACUAAUGAGGAGAUGGAGUCUCUUCUAAAGAAUCAUACAUGGAAGCUGAUACAAAGACCUGAAAAAGAAAGAACCAUUGGGUGCAAAUGGAUUUUUAAGCUCAAGCCAGGAAUAAAAGGAGUGGAGGAACCUAGAUACAAAGCUAGGUUAGUUGCUAAGGGGUUUUCUCAGAUUGAGGGGAUUGAUUAUCAUGAAGUUUUUUCACCAGUAGUGAAGCAUACAACUAUACGGCUGGUGUUGUCGAAUGGUGGUCGAUCAAGAUUUGGAAUUAGAACAGUUGGAUCGGUCGUUGUAUGGGUUGAAGCAAUCACCACGACAGUAGAAUUUGAGGAUUAUGUUUAUUUGCUGUUAUACGUUGAUGAUAUGUUAGUAGUAGCAAAAGACAUAAAGGAGAUCACAAGACUGAAGCACAUAUUAAGCAGAGAAUUCGAGAUGAAGGAUCUCGGAGCAGCAAGAAGAAUACUUGGGAUUGAUAUUUUCAGAGACAGAAAAAGAGGUAUUCUUCAAUUAUCUCAGCAAGAUUAUCUUGAAAGAGUUCUUAAAGAUUAUGGUAUGUUGGAAUCUAGAUCAGUUCAGACCCCUAUUGGUACUCAUUUUAAACUAUCUAGUACUAAGGCAGAGGAUAUGGCUGAUACUGAGGUUGAGAUGAAGGACAUACUUAUUCUAAUGCUGUUGGAAGUCUCAUGUAUGCUAUGGUUAGCACAAGACCUGAUAUUGCUCACGCUGUGGGACUUGAAUACAACAGAUUUCAAGCUAACAUUCACCAAGUCAGAUAAGUUUGAAGUCAAAGGCUAUUGUGAUAGUGACUAUGCUGCAGAUUUAGAUAGAAGGAGGUCAAUUACCGGUUAUGUCUUUCAGACUGGUGGGAAUACUAUCAGUUGGCGUUCUGGACUUCAGCAUAUCGUGGCUCUAUCAACGACAGAAGCGGAGUAUAUGGCUCUGGUUGAAGCAGCUAAAGAAGCUCUCUGGUUGAAAGGGAUUGUUGUGGCUGAAGGAUCCCUGCAAAUUUCUAAGAUAAACACAAAGGUGACCGGCGGUGAAGUCGGAGAAGGCGACGGUGAAGUCGGAGAAGAUGACGAGAGAGGUAAAUCUCUCGGAAGUUCUGUCUGA